AGCACCGGGCCGAGCCGGACGGGCGCGCGGGCGGCCGGGCAGGCUCCAGCGGUCCGGGUCCGGAGCUCGGCCGAGCAGAUGGAAACUGUACUAUGAGGCAGCAUUCCCCACAGGCCAUGGGGAGGGAGUGGGGAGCCUGACCUCCAAAGACCUUGAAGAGCCAUGACGUCUACUGUACAGACCCUGCGUUUUCCACUGCUGCCGCAUGCCCCAGGCCAAGAUCGAACCCAUAGUUGUGAGCAGGAGAUUGAGCGGCGCUACCAAGUGGUGCCCUCGGUGGUGUGUGCCAUGUGCUGCCUCUUCGGGAUCAUCUACUGCUUCUUUGGGUACCGGUGCUUUAAGGCAGUGAUGUUCCUGACAGGGCUGAUGUUUGGCUCGGUGAUCAUCUUCAUGCUGUGCUACAAGGAGCGGGUGUUGGACACUCAGCUGAGCGUGGAGGCCUCUGUGGGCAUUGGGCUGGGCAUCGGGGUGCUGUGUGGGCUAGUCACCAUGCUGGUGCGCAGCGUCGGGCUCUUCAUGGUCGGGCUGCUGCUAGGGCUCCUGCUGGCUGUGGCUGCCCUGGUGGUGAUGGAGCAGUUCUACCACCCGCCUACUGUUUGGAUCCCCAUUGGCUUGCUGCUGGGCGUGGGCAUGCUGUGUGCUGUGCUGACCUUGCAGUGGCAGCGCCUCUUCACCACGCUCUCCACUGCUGUCUUUGGCAGCGCCGUCAUGACUGCCACAGCUGACUACUUCGUUGAGCUCUUCCUGCUGCUGCAGUAUGUUUAUGAGCGAGUGAAGGUGGCACCUGCCCAGCCCAUCUGCUGGUACAGCUGGGUCAUUCUCGGUACUUGGCCCGUCUUGGCUUUGUUGGGUGUCCUAGUGCAGUGGAAAGUCACAGCUGAGGGAUACUCACACACCGAAGUGAUUAUCAGUCGGCAGCAACGCCGUGUCCAGCUGAUGAGGAUCAAGCAACGAGAAGAGCGCAAGGAGAAGAAGAAGAAGAAGCGGCCACAUCCUCACCCCCAUCUGCAGCACAAGGCCCACCCACCAGAGCCUGCCUACCGUCGCAAGCCUAACCCUGUGCGCCGAUUUGAUGGAGAUGUGCUCUCCCCAAGCUACAUACAGAGCUUCCGGGAGCGGCAGACGGGGUCAUCCCUGAACAGCCUGCUGGCCAACGCUCAUGCUGCCAUCGACGUGGACUAUGACUGUGGCUCCACUGUGCCCCUGACAACGGGCUCAGGCCCUGCCAUGCGGGUAUAGCCCAGCACCUCCCCAGCAGGACACAAGGACUCUGCCUCCCUUGGGUGCACAGGUCAGGCUACGUGGACAUAGCUUAGCACCUUCAUUUUUCCAUCAGGACUGACAGUUCCUCUCUGCAGGCAUUCACGGGCCUGGUCUGGCCAUUUGGAUGUAGUCCAGCAUCUCUCAGUGUGUGUGGAAUUCUCCCCAGUGCUACGCUGGCUCUGACUAAGCUGCCUUGACACAAGGGGCAAGAAAAGAGUAUGAGUAGGCGGCUGGGGGCAAAGGGCUGAAAAGAGUGCAACCCAGCCAGGCUGGGAGUGCAGGACUCGGGGGAAGGUGAGCAUGGCCUUGUGGAGCCAGAAAGGAGAGAGAUGAUCGUUUGCAACCCCCACUCACCAUGAGAAGGAUGGCAAGCCUUCCCCACCCACCGGUACUGGAGUGGCCCAUAUGCGGAGGGACUGUGGGGUGCUGUUCCUGUGUGCUCUUGCCACAUCGUGGACUCAGUCCUUGUCCUGGAGUUUGUCUUUGCAUGAACUGACCCCAACGACUGUCUUUUGGGGCCCAAGUGCCCCUUAUGUACUGAUGGUAGGAUUUGACUUGGUUCACUCCAGUCUGGCUGGAAGUAGCCAGCUCAGGGAAAUGGGGUCCUUUGGCCCUGGGCCCCUUGCCCAUACCAGUGCCUGGCAUUCUGUUUCAAUGGGUGACUCAAGGAGGGGUGGGGGGCUGGCACCUGGGCUGAGCUGUGUAAUGGCUGAAGUGUGCAAGUGUGCGUGCGCGUGCGUGGUGGUGCUGGAGCAAGGCAUUCGGCUGGUAUCCAGGCAAUGAGCCUUUUUCAGCCCCCCUCCUCCUGUGCCUUCACCCUGCUCCUCAUUCUGGAGUGAGGAUUGGCUACUGAGGGGCCGCAGGGAUGGCGGGGGGGAAUACCCAUGUACAUAGUCGUGUUGCAGUUAUUUGUAUUAAUUUAUUAUUGACACAGUGCUGGGUUUGACGAGCUCUGCUGGACCCAGAAAGCCCAUCAGAAGGAUGGCUAGAGAAAAGAGUGCUGUCCUCUUCUCUUCCCCUUCAGCCCCAUACGUGGCUUCACCCCUUUUUAUCUCCCUGUUCUCACAGAGUUGGGCAGAAAGGGGGUUAGCAGCAUCCACAUUUACUUUUGUCUACUGUGAAUUUUUGUGGGGCUGCAAGUCUCUUGGCAUCUUUACCUUUGAUGGAGCCAAUAAUGGGGAGCAGGGGAAUGGCCAGCCUUCUGUUUCUAGAUGAGGGCAGGAAAGGAUCCAGCACAGUUCAACAAGGCCUCUCCUCCACGGAGAAACUGCAUGUUUCUGUCCCCAACCGUCACUGUUUGUCACCACAGGAACCUUGCACUAUGGCUUUUCUUUGUUUUGUCUCUUCUUCCCCCUCCCUUUCUUCUUUUGUAUAUGUGCCAAACGCUGCCGGGCUGCGGCUGCGCAAGUAAAUGAAAAAAAGCUUU